GUACUCAACAACGUGAUGGCGAUUAGAUGAAUAUUGAGUCUUGGAGUUGACAGCCUUCGUUAGACCCUCUGCAGAAACACUACUACCUUUUGUGGGCUGUGGGAGAGGGUAAGCGUCCUGGGGUACGUGCACAAUCUCCAGCUAUCAAGCACGAAAGGUCAAGGACGCUACAGCACAAUGUUAUCUGCUGCCACACAACCGGAGUCCGCUCAGUUGCACCUCAGCCGGUUUACAGAGGCGGGGGGCGUGAUCAGGGGUUUGGCGUCCGGCCCCUGGAGCUCCGACCUUUGGACCCCGCGCGGCCGAGGGUGAUAGGCGUGGCCGGGGCGGUGCUUGCGAGGAAAUGGCGGCGGUCACCGUAAACAGCGCCAAGCGGGGCCUGCGGGCCGAGCUGAAGCAGCGCUUGCGAGCUCUGGGCGCCGAGGAACGGCUGCGCCAGUCUCACCUCCUCACACAGAAGGUGAUUGCCCACAGUCAGUAUCAAAAUUCCAAAAGAAUUUCCAUCUUUCUGAGCAUGCAAGAUGAAAUUGAGACGGAAGAAAUCAUCAAGGACAUUUUCAAACAAGGCAAAAUCUGCUUCAUCCCUCGGUACCAGUUUCACAGCAAUCACAUGGACAUGGUGAGGCUAACAUCACCUGAAGAAGUCGCUUUACUUCCCAAGACAUCUUGGAAUAUUCAUCAGCCUGGUGAGGGAGAUGUUCGGGAGGAGGCCUUAUCCACUGGUGGACUUGACCUCAUCUUCCUUCCUGGCCUCGGGUUUGACAAAGAUGGCAACCGGCUGGGUCGGGGCAAGGGGUACUAUGACACCUACCUGAAGCGCUGUGUACAGCAUCAGAAAGUGAAGCCCUACACCUUGGCUUUGGCUUUUAGAGAGCAGAUCUGUCCACAGAUCCCAGUGGAUGAGCACGACAUGAAGGUAGAUGAAGUCCUUUACGAAGACUCCCCAACAUCUUAAAUUACACCACGACGGCCACACUUACUGCUUUGUACUGGCGUAAAGAAAAUAUGUAUAUUUUUCUCUUGUCACAGAUGAAUCAAAAUGACACAUUAAAGUGAAUAUGGAUUGUCAUUUUUAGUGUAAAUAUAAAAUAAUAUAAAAUCUUUUUUAGAAAUCAAUAGAAAUGUUACUAUUAGAAUAUUAAUGCAAAUGGAGUGGAAACUGCAUGGUUUUCAGCUUAGCUUUCUGGUGUUAAGAUGUUACGGUGACCUUUCUGUCUCUAGUUUAAAUUAAGCAUUUAUGAGUAUUAGAGAAAGAUAGAAAUUGGGUGUGAGUGAAGACACUGUUUUUUAAUAUCCAGUCAUAGGCCUGAUUGCUCUGGCAUAUGGAGACUCAGCUGUUAUUAAUUGGUUUGGCAGUACUUGGUAUGGAUAAAAUAUUCCCCAAGACUAUUAUUAUACCACUUGAUAUAUCAUGGCUUCAUUUACUCACCUUGAAGUUUUGUGUGUGACAUUUUAUAGCUUCAUGUGGUGAGUAGAUGGGAAUCUUUUGUGGUUUACAUACUUUGAUUCAGUUGAUUGGUCUCUGGCCUUAGGACUUACAUAAGGAAUCAUUUCUGUUAAGUCGUGGGUUCCACUUGGAAUGGAAGCUGCCAUGGAUUGGACAUUGCCAGAUGGCCUCACAGUCGGGAGAGGUACUUUUGUUGAGGGGAAAGAUUUGGUUAUCACAAGACACUCAGGGGUCUUCCUGGACAUGACUGCUUGCUUGGUUCCACCUGCAGCCUGUCACUAGCUCCUGCUGGCAUUGCCUCUGGGAUGCCGUCUACAUCUGCUCUCUCCUUCCUGUCUUCCUGCUUCCAUUUUCUUCAGCUCUCAGCAUUUCUCAGCUCAAGUAGGCAGUCUCCAUGCUCAGCUUUUUUUGCCUCCAAUUUAUUUCAGGGAUGAUCUGGUAAGAUAUAAAUCUAGUGUGGACACUCUGCAUCAAAGUAUUUUGGAGACAUACAUUUUAACAAGUAGAUGCCUUCCCCUGUAGAAGAAAUCCCUUGUAAGCCCCUCCCUCUUCUGUCGUCUCUUCCCUCUCCCCCGUAUGUCUUUCUGUGCAUGCCGUAAGUGCCACAGGCUCUCUGCCCAGUGCACGCUGCUUUCCUGCAUCUCAGUGCUGGCUCCUGUAUCUUCAGGACGCUGCCCUUGCUUUGUUUCUCCAGGACCUGUUCCAUGGCUUCCCUCCUGCCAGUUCUAGAUCCUCUUCCUUCCCUUGCUGUGGCCAUUGCCCAUUUAUCACAUCAUCCUAUGGAGCAGUUACUAGUGUCCAUGUCUGUCUCUUCAUGAGGCUGUACGUUUGAAAGAACUUCUUGUCUGUGGUAGUUGACUGAUGGAGAGUAUUCGAUAACAUUUUUUAAAAUCAUAAACAGAAUAUAUGUAUAAUUAUUUCAUUGUAAACACAGAUCUACUAUUUUUUUACAUAAUAAUAUACAGUUUGAUAU